GCCGACAUAUAUAACUUUUUAGGUUAUUUAGUAAAAGGACAUAUUAAAAAAUCCAAAAAUAGUCGGCCUACUAAACGCACCACUCAGCUGCUAUACGGCGGCAUCAGUUGUUCUUGUAUGUUAAUCAGACAAUGGAACAGCGAGCCACCGCUUUAACGGCCAGCAGCGCCAUCUAGCGGGACUGUUCACAACCGCCUGCCAAGCAGAGUGGAGCGUUACCAUAGUAACACUGAAUCCAGCGUGUCGACAGCUACGGUAGCAUUUACACGGAAUCCUGACAAAAGUAUUUGUACUUCACAUUUUAGUAGCCAACAAACGUUAUUUUUGUUAGCACAUUUGCUCAUAGUGCCAGAGUUAUUUGGUACUCAGUCUGCUUAAAACAGGAGCUUCUAACCCAGCUAACAGAACCUGGUCAUGUUCCGUCAAACGACGUGGAGGAAACCAGUCAGCGAUGCCGUUAGCUGGCACCAAGAUCGAGCCAUGAACACGACCAUGUUUAUUUUGAAAGAAUUUGGGCCGACUGGAUUCCUUUUGAAACAAGACGAGGAACCCCAGAAGUACAAAGUGUGCCUCGCUGACCCUCAUUCGUGCACUUGUGUCACGUCCCAAAAAGAGGAGCUUUGCAAGCACCCCUGCUGGAUUUUGAUGCGCAAAUUUAGACUCCCAAAGGAUCAUGAAUACUGCUUCCAGCUGGGUCUUGUGGAACGACAGAUCCUGGAGGUGUUACAGGGCGUGUACAGGACCAGAACCCCUUGGCCACCUGACACCACCCCCUGUGCCCUGGAGUCUCCUGAUUCCAGUCAGGAGGAAGCUACACUCAGACAGAAGGCAGUUGGAGAGGAGGAUGUCUGCCCCAUCUGUCAGGAGGAACUUCUGAGGAAGAGGCUUCCUGUCACGCACUGCAGGUUUGGAUGUGGAAACAACGUUCACAUCUGCUGUAUGAAAGUAUGGGCUGACCAUCAGAGCAGGUCAGAGGCCGUUGCCACGGUGACUUGUCCUCUCUGCCGGAAGGACUUUGGAACCUUAUCUGUGCUUCAGAAGGAGGUAAAGGCUGCAGCCCAAAUGUGUAUGAGCUCAGAGAGAGCGCGUCUGGACAAGCACCUCGGGGUCCCGUGCAGUCACUGCAGGCUCUGUCCUGUAGUCAACACGUGCUUCAAGUGGGUGAACUUACUGCUGCUGUAUUUUACGCGAAAUCACUUUCAGUUGACAUUGAACCUUGCUAGCGCAUGCAGUAGCAAGGCCAAAGUCAUAACAGAUGUGCUUCCGGAAUGCGUUUUGAGGAGUCUGCCGGCAACAUGAGUUGGUCAGAGUUCCAGACUCCUGGAAGUGGGCAUGCAAUGCCGCCUCUGCCUUUGCAGCUUCCGAUUGGGCCAGCUUGUUAAGACCCUCCCCUGUCGACACAAGUUCCAUGCUGGGUGUAUUGAGACAUGGCUACAUCAGUCCCUCUGUUGCCCACUGGACUGGCAGGACAUCUCCAACCCCCUCACAUGGAAUGACAGUCGGGGGAAGGUAAAGGCCCCGGCGAACGGUGCCCAGACCUGGGUCACUGAUGAGCAGAGAUCAGACCUCUUCAUCCCAGGUGUUGGCCUACAGGAUCGGGCCGUCAGGGCACCUGCUCUGCAGAUGGCAGAAAGAUUUGACUUGCCUAGAGAAGGUCCACUGGCACCUCUGUCAUUUGAAACAUUCGUCCAAGGCACCCGGUGCCUCUGCAUCAAUGACACGUAUUCUGGAGUUAACAGCUCAGAUCCACUGGGAUUAAGGGACAAGCCUCUGGGACAAGAUCCAGGAUCAGCCACUAGGAAGAGAGCGGAUCAGUAAAUGAGCAGGUCAGUAAAACCCAACCCAAAACGAGCACUCUCCAUGGCCAGAUUAGACC